UGGAGUUUUUGUUUUGAAUGCUGAGGUGAGCUCCGUGCCCAACGUGUGGCCGCCGGCUCUCUCUCUCUCUCCCUCAGCAAUGUGCUCUGUAAUUGACACAAUAACAAUAAUGUCAGCUGUAGACAGUCAAGUCGAAAACAGCAGUGUAGAGGACGAGGCGAAAGGGAGGAAAAGAAAGAUUUCCCUGUCCAACUGCGGUGUGUGUGGAUCAGAGGAGGCUAAGUACAGAUGUCCGGCCUGUCUCAGACAUUCAUGCAGCUUGCUGUGUGUGAAGAAGCACAAGGAAGAUUCGGGAUGCAGUGGAGUUAGAAACAAGACGGCCUUCGUGGCCCUCUCACAGUUUGAUCAAAUGACUCUUCUCAGUGACUACAGAUUUCUGGAGGAUACAGGGAGAUUUUCUGACGGUGCCAGUAGAGAUGCACUCAUUCGGACUCCCCAUGCCACUUUCAAAGCUAAAAGGCUGGCAAGUAAUGCCAGGAAGAUGAACAUCACACUGAGGUUCCUCCCCGUCACCUUCACCAAGAGCAGAGAAAACUCCACUUUCUUUCUAAUAAAACAAAAUCAGUUCCUUUGGCACCUGAAAUUCAUCUUCCCUCAGAGCAGCACAGAAUUUAGUCAGAGGAGGGUUCCUGACACAGAAACCCUGGAGCAGAUCUUGACCCCUUACAUUCACCCUACAGAGUCCGAUCCUGUGAAACGGCAAAAAUUGAAGAUGUAUGUCCAUGCCCCAUUUGAUCAUAUAAAGGUCUUCAUGAAAGCGGAGGGGAGAAAGGCUAAUGCUGUGAGGUACCAUGAGCUGGACAUCAAGAAGAGCCUAAGGGACAACCUGAGCUACAAAACACUGAUCGAGUAUCCAGUGCUGCAUGUUGUUGUCAGAGACCACUGGCAGGACUACCCACUGAAGGGAACAGGUGAACCUGCAUCAACCUGCAAUAGUUUUGCAACAAAGACACAAGGGGUCGACCAAGGGAAGAGCAAGCUGACCCACGCUCCAGGACCCAAGCCGGGGUCCUGCACCCCAGAAGAAAUCAGUAGCUGGACAGGAAUGCAAGAGACCAGUGCUGAAACCGAACCUCCAAAGGAGAAAAGAGCAAAGAGGGAAACAGGGGAGGAAGACCUGGAGGAGGGAGAGAUCAUAGACAGUAGUGAAGAGGAGGAAAAGGAGGAAGAAGAAGGAAACAUUGAAGAAGACACCUUAGAAAAUAAGAGCUGUAUUGGUGGUGAUAAUUCCAAAGGCCCUGCUAAUGUUAUAAAUGAUAUGAGGGCAACUAAAGAUGAACUGUUACACACUGCGGGAGAUGAUGAUGAUGAUGAGGAUGAUGAUGAUGAUGCUAGUGUCAGUAAACACAAUACCAGCAGAAAGGAUCAGUGCCUAAGUGAGCACAUUUCUGUUUCUGCUGAUGACAAUGGGACUGUCAGGGAGAGUGCUGAGGUCAGCAUGACUAAGGAGGACGCUAUGAAAGAGCCCGGGCCUGUUCAUACCCAUCACUGCCAUGACGAAAAUGAGUCAGCUCGUGCUGCUGAGCCCUGUGGACAGGAAUGAUAAUGACCUUAUUGCAAGUGUAUAGGAUGAAAAGCAUAAAGAGACAGCCAUAUCAGCAGGAAGUCACAGAGUUAAUCGUAUGUCAGUAUACAGUAAGCUUCUACUGCUGAGAGGGUUUCAGUCCCUUUAUCUCUGUUUUUUAAGAGGUGGGGAUGAUGACCUAAGAAUAUUGUUACAUACAGAAUAAUAUCUAUGUUGUGUUUAUAAUAAUUUUAUGUUAAGAGAAUAGAUUUGACAACAUGUUUUCUUAAAUAAAGACAUUUUUGGA